CAGCAGCAUAUGACAGUCCCGCCCGAGGCAAGUUAUCCGCUCAUCUAGGAUUCGGUCCAUUUUCAAUGCAGAAUCUAAGAAUGCACAGUAUGUGAUUUAAAACGUGUCCAAUUGUUUGACAUUCGAACAAAAGCACGCGAGCCUUAAAAUUCAUGGCGUCUUUACCAGAAGGGCUGGAAUUGAUUUGCGUGUCCACGAGAAGCAAAACAGAUGGUCAUGGAACUUGAUAAAUGAUACAUUCAGCCAUUUUGUUGCCUUCGAUUUCAUAUUCAGUUUUGUCCUAAAUUUGCUCGUUUGUUAAUACUGGAAAUAGUCUAUAGGCCUUCAUUGGCAUUUGGUAGGGACAGUUACUCUCCGAUGAAGAGUUGGGAUAUGCAAAAUAAAUAAAUCAUAAAAACAUUUCCAAUUAGCACAUGGGUAUAAUACACACUUGUACCUACAUGUGUGAAAUAGGACAAAUAAAAGCACGCAUCAAAUUAUAAUUAUGUCUAUUAUUAAAAUAUCGUUGGUCAUUAAUUGUGUCAAUAUAGAAAUCUAUCAAAUGCACCUUACUACUUAGCACACCAUAUUAAUGCAAUAUAUAUCUAUCCAUCUAUCUUUCUCUUAAUGUUUUUUUCCCCCACUUCUAUGAAAGAUCCACUGAGUAAAGUUUAAAUGGAUCAAGAGAUAGCCUAGUGGCUGUUGUUCCUUCAUUGUCCAGGAGAUAAUAUAGUUAAAGAGAAGGAACGCUAAGUGGGUGUGCCUUGCCAUCCAUUAGUUUAGCGGUCACUUCUUCAGUGAGGAGCGUCGACUGCUGUCUUGAGGAGUGGCGAAGGCUCGAGGACUGCCAUGCGGUCACUCUCUCGUGCGCCACUCAGCCCGUGAGAGUCGAAGAGGAUGGAAGUCCGUUCACUGUACUGAGACAGAGACAGAGAGAUAUUAAGCUAGUCUGAACGCUUGGUCCAUCCAGCAACAGUAUAUUUUUAUCUCGGACUAGACCUCUGCUUGUGUCGGGGAUUUUUGUUCAACUUUUUGAUGAAAAGUUGUUUCCUAAGGCUAGGAGUACUGUGUUCUUUUCCAGAAAGAAAGACUUCCAGGAAUGGAGUCGAUACCCAAUCAACAACCAGCGGGACGAGACUCCAGCUCUUCCCCCAGCUCCAAGCAGGACGUUCAGCCCUUCUCCAGCCCCAUCUCCCUGAAGCCUAACCAAGUCAGCGAGACCGCGUUGUAUGGAGUGCACAUCGUGUCUUUGGUCAUAGAUGGCCAGGAAAGACUUUGCUUGGCGCAGAUAUCCAACACAUUGCUAAAGAACUACAGUUACAACGAAAUCCAUAACCGACGCGUUGCUCUUGGAAUCACCUGCGUCCAGUGCACGCCCGUCCAGCUCGAGAUACUGAGGCGCGCUGGCGCCAUGCCAAUCUCCUCGCGGCGCUGCGGUAUGAUCACCAAGCGGGAGGCGGAGAGGCUAUGUAAAUCAUUCCUCGGUGCUCACAACCCACCGAAGCUACCGGAAAAUUUCGCUUUUGAUGUCUCUCAUGAAUGCGCUUGGGGAAGCAGAGGUAGCUUCAUACCUGCAAGGUAUAACAGCUCGAGGGCCAAGUGCAUUAAAUGCACAUAUUGUAACAUGUAUUUUUCCCCAAAUAAAUUCAUAUUCCACUCCCAUCGCACUCCCGAGUCCAAGUAUACACAGCCAGACGCAGCAAACUUCAAUUCGUGGAGGCGCCACCUCAAACUAACAGACAAAAGCUCGUCGGAUGAUGUUGCCCACGCGUGGGAGGAUGUUAAAGCGAUGUUCAACGGGGGAAGUCGUAAGAGGACGCUACCUAUGAGUGGGUCAUCCAUGUCCUCUCCUUUGAAGUCACAUUCCACCAGUAACCCAACCCAAAGAAGUUCCCCUGAGGUACCCCAUAAAACGUUGCGCUGUGACGAAGACCGAGGUAGGCCUAACAUCAGUCUGUCAAAUGGCGUCCGGAACUACCCGGUUAUCCCUGUGCCCAGCAAGAGCUUUGGGAUGCUUCAAAAGAUCCAGCCACCUCUCUUCCCCCACCCGUAUGGAUUCCCUGCGUUUGGACUGUGUCAAAAGAAGGACGACGGAGUGGGAGAGACAAAUAAAACCAACGUUUCGGGUGUCUUUUGGCCAGGAGCAAAGGACAGUAUCUAUCCCUCUUUCCCGAUGUUUUGGCCUACUGCAGGUGGCCUACCGAUGCCACCGUAUCAACAGUCACCACCCAAACCACCCACAGAGCUCUUAAGUGUCCGACAGAGUGAUCUCGAGUUAUCGGAUCAAAGUGACCGGUGCGCAAACACACCUAAGGAUAGCUUUCACGACAGCGAACGGUGCUCCAGCUCACAAUCCACCCGGAACGACGAGGAUAAAUCCGGGGAUGAGGCCCGGUCGACGGAAGGACUCCCCACAACUCCACGGAAGAUAAAUUACAUCUCUGCGUUCAGACCUGUGGUGAAAGACGCCGAAAGCAUUGCAAAGCUAUACGGCAACAGGGACACGUACAGCGGUGUGCGCUCUGGUUACCUAUCGCCAGAUUUCGUGAGUGAAAGUUCUAGCUAUAGGUCUAUGUCCCCGGAUGUGGAUAGCGUGGACGACCCAGACGUUGACGUGGAGUCAAACAGGGCACAAGAGGAUGAAGAGUCAGUCCAACUGUCAGUGGAGGACCGUCAGAGUCCCCCGCCCCUCAACUCAGCCCAUUCCGGGCCGGAAGAUAGUCAAGAGCUGGGGACAAGUCCAGGACCACACCCGGAAGAUCCCCACUCCGGGUCCUCUGAUGACGAGAGGCAGGGUGGACAGGUGUCAGAGCGCCAUGAUACACCGGUGUACGAAGUGUACACACAUGAAAAGGAUGGACAAAUGCCUUUGAACUGUCCAUCUACGUUUGGAUCAAAACAUAGCAGCCCAUUGCAAUCGAACGGUGUCCUCCAUGUUUCCGACCCACAUAAACAACGUUCUCCUACAAGAGAGGACGUUCCACAGGGAGCCUAUCAGGACCAAGCAAAGGAAAGCCCAACAUGCGAUGGGGCGUUACGUCAGCAUGACGUCAGUAGGAUCCACGAAAAAGAUAUCGAAAACAUGGCUAAAGAGGAACUUCAGAAACAGCUUGUCGAACAAGUGGAGCUCAGAAAAAAGUUGGAACGCGAAUUUCAAAGUUUAAAAGAUAAUUUUCAGGACCAAAUGAAGAGGGAACUGUCCUACAGAGAAGAGAUGGUGCAACAGCUUCAUAUUGUCCGAGACACUUUGUGCAGCGAGUUGGAUCAAGAAAGAAAGGCGCGUUAUGCAAUACAACAGAAGCUAAAAGAAGCUCAUGACGCCCUGCACCAUUUCUCCUGCAAGAUGCUGACCCCUCGCCACUGUACUGGAGCCUGUACUUUCAAACCCCCUCUGCUGCCUCCAUAAUAGACCCCCCCCCCCCCACACACACACACUGACUCCAGUACAGCUCACUGCAGCCAAAAAGAGAGACACCCACCUCAAGUAGUCACAGUCUCUACGUAACUUCUUGACUUUUGCCCUCCCUCAUCAGUCAUCCAAGGAUUCACAACCUGUGUACACACUCCAGCGCUAUUUAUUUCACCCAGAAGAAGUGGCUAUGGAGGUUAGGAGAACUAGACCUUCCAUUGAAAAGAACUCUUGACGAUACACCAAGACCAAACGACUGGUCCAUUGUAUGUGUUGUAUUUAUAGACAGUUAUCAAGUUGUAAAGAGCUCUUGAUAUGGACACACCAAGUCCCUUUGAAUCAUAAUCCAUUGCUCUUUAUAUAUCCCGUAUAUAUAUAUAUAUAUAUAUAUGUGGAGAUGUGCAAUGAGUUGUAUAAUGUGAUAUUUCAUAAGUAACAUGAAUCCUAGCAUUCUUGGGUUGUUUUACCACAUGUAUGUAUGUGUUUUUACAUAUAUUUAUUUGUGUUUAAGUUAUUCGUUAAUCUGUUCUGUCCAUCUGAAACAUUUAACAAUGUAUAUUAUUGAUGUAAAGCACUUUAAAAAUUGGCAACAAUACUACUGAUCUGGAUAAAGUAAACUCUGUUAGGCAUCUAAUGUAUAGAAUACACUUCCUUCUAAUGCAGCGUUUCCCAAAUGCUUGACCAGGGGGAUCCAAAGGUGAUGCACCCUGUUAGUUUGUCCUAGCCCUAACACACCUGAUUCAAAUCAAAGGCUUGAUGAUGAAUUGUUGAUUAGUUGACUCAAGUGUGUGAGUGUUGUUACAAAAACUAAAAUGUGCACUGCUUUGGGUCCCCAGGACCAGGAAAGGGAAACACUGUUCUAAUGGCGCCAACAUUUAUUCUAGCACUUAUUUUCGAAGUAACCAAUGACCUUUCAACCUUGAGCUAAUUAAAAAGGUUCCAUUUGCCUAAAAUGUCACACAACAGAACACAAGUCUUUUACAGUGAAUAGAAUGUUCAUUCAGUCUUAACUAUGAUUGUUUUUAAUCAUACAUAGAUACCAUGUACAGUAUAUUCAUUAUAAAAGGUAUAUUUCUUCCGUAUGGUUUGAGCAUUCGGUUACAAGACACACCCAGCUUCUGUUGUACUUAAUAAAGGGUUUGAAUCCUCGUCAGAACCCUACCAUACAUUAAAUAAACCACAGGCACAGAAACCAAACCUAUUUGUUGUGUAUUUAAUUAUGUCAUGUAGGCUUUAUUUUGUCAUGUCAAUCCUUUGUGCAUGGCAAGAGUUAUGGGUGGGGAGGAGAUUAAAGGAAACCAAGACGCCACGUAAAGAGACUUGAAACUGCCAUUUGUGACUGAAUUCCAUGUUGUGCAGUUGAUUUCCGUAACCAUUCUUUUUUUUUAAUCAAUUCCAAGCCAGUUGGUUAUUUUUUCCACGAUAUAUAUGACCUUUAAAAAGUGUUGUUGUGACCCUAUUAAGGGCCAAUAAGACUCAUGUAUGUAUUAUAUCAGAAAUUAAUGUAAAAUACGAUUAAAAAGUUAAUCCUC